GGUAACCACACACACUUGCAAAUAUACGCACAUGCAUGCACGCAGGAGUUUGUUGUGUCGCGUCGCGCUAAAUCUACGAAACGAACGAAAAAAGUGUUGAAAGUUUCGGUUCUCGCGCUCAAUGUAAUAAUUUCCAAUUGGUUAUCAAUCGCUAAAUAGUAAAAAAUAUGUCCAAUUGACUUGAGAUCGACUUGUGAAUAAAUAAAUUGACAUUUCGAUACAUACCCAAACACAUAUAUACAUGCAAACAUCUCUGCGAAGGGGGCAGAACACUGAAAAACUGGUAUAUAAAAGACGACGCCAAAUGAAAAAGACAGCGCGCGCGAGCGAGAGAGAUGAAACAGUAGUAGUAUACUUCGGGUGUUUUUUUUUUUGCUAAUAGCCAAUUGCAUAGGUGAAACGAAAAUUUGCCCAAAAUCAAAGAUACGACUAAAUCUCUAACGUAAUGUCACAACACAAUAAUCAACCGCAUUCGCAUCAGCAUCAACAACAACAUCUCCACUACUACCAGCAGCAACAGCAGCAGCAGCAUCAUCUACAGCAACAACAGCAACAGCACCAGCAGCAUCAGCAUUUACAACAUAAACAAAUACAGCAGCAGCACAGUUGGUACUCACAUGUUGCUUCCUACCCGCCCCAACAGCCGCACCCGUAUGCGACACCCUGCAAGAGCGGCACCAACAACAAUCACAACAACAACAACAAUAGCAUUAUGAAUGCAUACGGAGCGGGUGGGACGCACUAUUACGGGGCUGCUUCUGCUACUGCUGCUGCGGGGGUGGGAUAUAACCUUGAAGCUAAUACUGUGGCCUAUGCGCACAACCAGCUGCUGCAAUACCAGCAAGAACAACAACAGCAGCAACAUCAACAACAGCAGCAGCAACAGCACCUCAGUCAACGUUCGUAUAUGCCGCACAGCAUAGUGCACAGCUCCUAUCCAUAUAUUAAGAGCGAACCAUUGGAGCUUCCCGAUGAAAGACAACGCCAUCAACAACAUCAACAGCAGCACCUACAACAUUUUCAAAAUCCAAUGGCACCGCCUCCAGCGCCCGUCUCCAAUCGCCACUCGCUUGAUGCUAGCGGCGAAAUGAUAAUAAAAUCGGAACCCACUGACGAACAUGCUUUCAAGUCCAACUAUAUUGAUGACAAUACGCCCUUUGCCGAUUUUAGCAAAUUUCCCGAAUUUGGUGACGAAAUGCUGAGUCCAAAGGUGGAGUUAACUGUAAAGGAUGAUGCCUAUGGCAACCAAAAGAAUCCGCUCAGCUUUCCUCGCCGUAAGCUGCAAACGGAACGUUCCUCGGAGAGUCUGCCCAUCUGCCAACGCUGCAAGGAGGUGUUCUUUAAGAAGCAAAUCUAUUUGCGACAUGUGGCCGAGAGUAGUUGCACGAUCCAAGAGUACGACUACAAGUGCAACAUCUGCCCCAUGUCCUUCAUGGGUGGCGAGGACCUGCAGAAGCACAAGCAACUGCACCGCGCUGAUAAGUUCUUCUGUCACAAGUACUGUGGCAAGUACUUUGACAAUAUUGCCGAUUGCGAAUCGCACGAAUACAUGCAACACGACUACGACAGCUUUGUGUGCAAUAUGUGCUCAAUGGCAUUUCCUACGCGUGAACAGCUUUACGCCCAUUUGCCGCUGCACAAAUUUCAGCAGCGCUUCGAUUGCCCGAUUUGCCGCUUAUGGUAUCAAACCGCGCUGGAGUUGCACGAGCAUCGCCUAGCGGCCCCUUACUUUUGCGGCAAGUACUAUGCAGCAGCACAUCAGCAACAGCAACACCAGCAGCUGUCGGAGCAGAGUAACUAUAAAUUGCAGGAUUGCCACAUGGGCACGAUAGAGAUGACUGCGUCUCAGCACAAAGCAAAUGCGUUGCCUGCUACGGCGGCGCUUAGUUCCUUGCUACAGCAGCGUCAAGCGAACGCUGAUGGUGGCGCCUCCCUCUUUGCCUCAUCCUUAAAGAACGAGCCGAGUAUUAAGCUGGAGCGAAGCUACAGCAACUCGACCAGCGAGUCCGGAUAUAGCCUGCACGAGAACAGCGGCUACAACAAUUCUUAUGGGAGCGACAACUCGCUGCAUACGAGCGGCGUUGUAAUUGGUGGACCGCAGGCACAUUCCUCCACGCUGGAUGAAUCGGAAGAUGCGCUGUGCUGCGUGCCAUUGUGUGGAGUGCGCAAGAGCACCAGCCCCACUCUGCAGUUCUUCACGUUUCCCAAGGACGAGAAGUAUCUGCAUCAAUGGCUGCACAAUCUCAAAAUGUUUCACAUACCUGCGUCCAGCUAUGCCAGCUUUCGCAUUUGUAGCAUGCAUUUCCCGAAGCGUUGCAUAAAUCGCUACUCGCUCUGCUAUUGGGCAGUGCCCACGUUCAACCUGGGCCACGACGAUGUCGCCAAUUUGUAUCAGAAUCGAGAGUUAACCAACACAUUUACCACGGGCGAGGUAGCUCGCUGCAGCAUGCCCAAUUGCACGAGCCAGCGCGGUGAGAGCAAUCUCAAGUUUUACAAUUUUCCGAAGGAUAUCAAGAGUCUGAUCAAAUGGUGCCAGAACGCACGUCUGCCUGUGCAGGCCAAAGAGCCGCGUCACUUCUGCAGUCGGCACUUCGAGGAGCGUUGCAUUGGCAAAUUCCGACUGAAACCCUGGGCUGUACCUACACUUCAUUUGGGUGCCCAGUAUGGCAAGAUUCAUGACAAUCCGAAGAAUCUGUAUGUUGAGGAGAAACGUUGCUGCCUGAACUUUUGUCGCCGCAGUCGCUCCUCGGACUUCAACAUGUCGCUUUACCGGUUCCCCAGAGAUGAGGUAUUGUUGCGUCGUUGGUGCUAUAACUUAAGGCUCGAUCCGGCAGUGUAUCGUGGAAAAAAUCACAAAAUAUGCAGCGCUCACUUUAUUAAGGAAGCCCUCGGCUUACGGAAAUUGUCGCCGGGCGCUGUGCCAACUCUACACCUGGGCCACAAUGACACCUUCAACAUCUACGAAAAUGAACUGUGGCCUCCGCCCAAUGCUUCGACGCCCACCCAUCAUAAUCAUCAUCAGCAACAGCCGCUGCAACAGCACCACAUGCAGCAGCAUCAACAGCAGUUGCCGCAGCAACAGAGUAAUCACAAAUAUCAGAGGCACUCUGCUGCAUCCACUUCCUCGUCGGCCAGCUCAACAUCCCACUAUGUAGAUCCGGAGCUAAGUGCCUCCUACAUGGCCAUGGGCAUGAGCUCUGGCAACUCAUCCUCUGGGCUACUGAAUGUGAGCGACAGCAUGGACGUCUGCUGUGUGCCCAGCUGCGAAAGCAAGCGACACAACAAUGAGAACAUCACAUUCCAUACGAUACCUAGGCGCCCGGAGCAGAUGCGCAAAUGGUGUCACAAUCUGCGUAUACCCGAGGACAAGAUGCACAAGGGCAUGCGCAUAUGCAGCCUGCAUUUCGAGCCCUAUUGCAUUGGCGGUUGCAUGCGUCCGUUCGCGGUGCCCACGCUGCAUUUGGGCCACGACGAAGAGGACAUUCAUCGCAAUCCGGAUGUAAUCAAGAAACUGAACAUACGCGAGACCUGUUGCGUGGCAGUGUGCAAACGCAAUCGGGAUCGCGACCACGCCAAUCUGCAUCGUUUUCCCAGCAAUGUGGCGCUGCUAACCAAAUGGUGUGCCAAUUUGCAGCGCACCGUUCCGGAUGGGAUCAAACUCUUCAACGAUGCUAUCUGCGAGGUGCAUUUCGAGGAACGCUGCUUACGUAACAAGCGGCUGGAGAAGUGGGCAGUGCCCACUCUUAUGCUCGGCCACGAUAACAUUCCCUAUCCCCUUCCGACUCCAGAGCAGGUGGCCGAGUUCUAUGCUCGACCAAGUGCUCCAAAUAAUGGUGAGGAGCAGGGUGAAUGCUGUGUGGAGACCUGCAAGCGCAAUCCCAGCGUGGAUGACAUCAAGCUCUAUCGACCGCCAGAGGAGUCCCAAGUGCUGACCAAAUGGGCGCACAAUCUGCAGAUAGACAUCGCUCAGCUGCCUUCCAUGCGCAUCUGCAAUCUACACUUCGAAGCCCAUUGCAUAGGCAAGCGAAUGCGGCCGUGGGCCAUACCUACGCUCAAUCUUGCCACGAACAUAGAGAAUCUCUUUGAGAAUCCCGAGCAGCAGAUGCUGUACAAGCGUCGCACCUCUCAUCUCAGCGUGCAAAGAGAAGGAAGUGAUGGAAGCAUUACCAAACCCACCUGGGUGCCACGCUGCUGUCUGCCCCACUGCCGCAAGGUGCGCUCUCUGCACAACGUCCAAUUAUAUCGGUUUCCCAAACUCAAUCGCGCUACGUUGGCAAAGUGGGCGCACAACCUGCAAGUUCCGAUGGUUGGAAGUGCUCAGCGGCGUCUGUGCUCCGCGCACUUUGAGCCGCACGUCCUCAGCAAGAAGUGCCCAGUGCCGCUAGCGGUGCCGACGCUCGAUCUCAAUACUCCACCCGGCUACAAGAUCUACCAGAACCCAGCCAAGAUCAAAGCAAACAAGCUGUGCAUGCAGCGCGUCUGCAUUGUGGAGAGCUGUCGUCGGCAGCGGGGCCAGGGAGUCCAGCUCUUCCGGCUGCCCCACAACCCCACUCAGCUGCGCAAGUGGAUGCACAACAUACGCAUGCGACCGCGCGGUGCCAUGCGACAGCAGUACCGCAUCUGCUCGCGGCACUUUGAGACACACUCGUUCAAUGGCAAGCGCUUGAGCACUGGCGCCAUUCCGACUCUCGAGCUGGGCCAUCAGGACGACGAUAUCUAUCCGAAUGAGGCGCAGUCGUUUGUCGAGGAGCACUGCGCUAUCGAGGGCUGUGACGCCUCAAAGGAUCAGCCGGAUGUGCGGCUCUUCCGGUUCCCCAACGACGACGAGGAUCUGCUUUGGAAGUGGUGCAACAAUCUCAAGAUGAACCCAAUUGAUUGCAUUGGCAUGCGCAUCUGCAAUAGGCACUUCGAGCCCGAUUGUAUCGGCUCCAAGCAUCUCUACAAGUGGGCUAUUCCCACACUGAUGCUUGGGCACGACGAUGUCCAGAUUGAGCUGAUAUCGAAUCCGAAGCCGGAGGCUCGCUACGUAGACCCAGUGUUUAAGUGCUGCGUUCCCACCUGUGGCAAGACUCGCAAGUUCGAUGAGGUGCAGAUGAACAGCUUUCCUAAAGAUCCGGCCCUCUUCGAGCGCUGGCGCCACAAUCUUCGACUCGAGCACCUCAAUUUCAAGGAGCGCGAGCGCUAUAAGAUUUGUAAUGCUCAUUUCGAAGACAUAUGCAUCGGCAAGACGCGCCUCAACUUGGGCUCCAUACCCACAUUGGAGUUGGGUCACGACGAGACGGAAGACCUAUACCGUGUGAAUCCCGAUGAGCUGCAGAGCAAUAUGUUUGGACGGCACCAGCGCGUGGGCAUUAAACAGGAAGAGCACUUUACUAGACAGGUGAGUAGCUCAGCGCAGACUGUGUAUUCACUUUAAUGCCAAAUUUAUAUAUCUAUCCAGGUCAAGUUCAAGCGAUCCACGCCGCAACUCACGUGCUGUGUUCGCAGCUGUCCACGCAACAAAAGGGUAGAAAGUGGAGCCCGUUUGUUUCCGUUUCCGACGGGAAAACAACAGCAAAACAAGUGGCGUCAUAAUCUCCGACUCAAAGCUGGCGAAGUGAAUAGGACGACGCGUGUUUGCAGCGCCCAUUUCAAUCGCCGCUGCAUUGAUGGCAAACAGUUGAGGGGAUGGGCAAUGCCCACCUUACAACUGGGCCACCAGGAGACGAACAUCUAUGAGAAUCCAAAGAACAUCCCGGGCUUCUUUACUCCCACUUGUGCGUUGGCCCAUUGCCGCAAAAGGCGGAGCAUUGACAACGACUUGCGCACCUAUCGCUACCCGCGCAAUGAGGAGCUGCUUGAGAAGUGGCGUGUGAAUCUCCGCCUUGCACCAGAUCAAUGUCGCGGUCGCAUAUGUGCGGAUCACUUUGAGCCCAUGGUGCGUGGAAAGCUGAAACUAAAGAUGGGAGCAGUGCCUACGCUGAAACUGGGCCACGAUGAGGGCGUAGUCUUUGACAACGAGGCUAUUAAGGCAGGCCUGCAGCAGGAGGAGGAGGAGGAGCCUGAAAGCGGAGAGCGGGCGAACAGCUUCGACUCGCUUGUUAAGGUGAAGAAUGAGCUGAAUGAAGAGGAUCAAUCAAUGGCAAACGACGAGCAGACGGAAGAACAGGAUGAUGACGACGAGGAGCAGACGAAUCAUCAAUCAGAUGAAGAGGAGCAGCAAGAGCACGGCUACUUUGAUCCCUUGGAGCUUGUAGAAACGUUUGCAGAGCAGCACAGCGAAGAUGAACAGCUCUACAAUAACGAAGAUGACAAUCCCGACGACAAUAUGGAUGAGGAGGAUAUACCUGGCAACGAUGAUGAGCUGUUGCUCCCCGAUACUCUGCCUAUUCAAGUGGCUCUUCCUCCGAGACGCGAGAAAAGAACCGUGAAUAAUGUGACGCCCAUAUGCUGCCUCAAGCACUGCCGUAAGGAGCGCACUGCUACCCAUCAGCUAAGCACCUUUGGCUUUCCCAAGGAUCCGCAGCAACUGUUUAAAUGGAGCGCAAACCUGCAAAUAGAUCUAGCCGAUUGUGUUGGGCGUGUUUGCAUUGAGCACUUCGAGGCGGAGAUGUUAGGCACGCGCAAGCUGAAGCAAAACGCGGUGCCCACCUUGAAUUUGGGCCACGACACACCCCUUAGCUAUCGUUGCAAUGGCCAAGCUGCAGACAUCCAUGAUGCGCAAUCACAGCAAAAUUCGGUUUUUCGGCUUUGGAGCCUGAAACACUGUCGCAAAAGGAAAGAUCCGCUGACGAUGACGCCAGCGACGUCAACGACGCCAGCGACAACAACGAGGCCAGCGACGCCAACGCCAACGACGACGACGACGACGACAAUGACAGAAAUUUCGCCAACGACAACGACAACGGCGACGACGACGACGACAGCGAAUCUAGCAGUGAUGCAGACUAAGCGAGUCUGCUGCGUGCCCAGUUGUGAAAAGGAAUUGUUUCUGCAUGCCGCUCACAUGCGACGCAUGCCAAGAGAUCGUUUGUUGCUGCGCAAGUGGCUGCACAAUUUAAAGCUUCCUGACAACUUGAACCUCAACCAGACGUAUGUGUGCGAGGACCACUUUGAGGAUGAGGCAAUGUUGCCCACCUUGCGCCUAGGCCAUACGGAUAGUAAUAUUUAUCGUAGCCACAACUCGAUCGGUGGCAUUGGCUGCCUGGUUCCCAACUGUCCAUGUGCUCGUCUCUAUCGUGGCUACGCCCUGCCCGAGCAUCCCCAAGUGCGAGAGGCGUGGCUGCAGUGGCUGCAACUACCACCUCGAUCCCCCCAAUCGUCGAACCACGAGCAGCUGUGCGUCAUGCACUAUAUGCAGCUGUUCGAGCAGGUGCCGUUGCCGGAGCCGUUGCCUGAGAUAGUGCUGUGCGAGCUAAGGGAAACGUACGAGCUCAUCGCCUCAUCCACCAUUGCCAUGGGGCUACGCUGCUCAGUGCCCGGCUGCCAAAGUAAAUUCACAGACAACGUGCAUCUCACCAGACUUCCAUCAUGCCAACGUACCCGCGCCAAAUGGCUGCACAAUACGAAAAUUGACUACGAUCCGGAGCGCGAGCGCGCCUAUCGCAUCUGCUUACGGCACUUCGAGCCCCAUGCCCUGGGUGCAGUGCGUCCUAGGCUAGGAGCGGUUCCUACACUGCAUCUCAACCACAACGACCCGGAUAUUUAUCAGAAUCUCAAGCUGGAAGACAACGCUGAUGGCGCACUAGCCCAGCAAGGUGUGCCUCUUGAAAUGCCGCUACGAAUCAAGACGGAGUUACCUCUUUACCUCUCCGUCAGUCCGACGGCCAGCGCGAGCGCAAGUCCAAGUCCCCGGGGUAAACUGCGCACCUGUUGCAUUGCCAGUUGUGGACAGCAGGAGAAUGCUCUCACCCAUCUGUUUCGUUUUCCCACUAUCGAGACUGCGCUGCGCAAGUGGCUGGUGAACACGCAGCAGCAGCCGCGUCUCGUGGAUACACAGCAUCUGUUUGUGUGUCAGGAACACUUCGAGCCGGACGCCAUUUACAAGAGGCAUUUGCGUAGCUGGGCGGUGCCGACGCUGAAGCUUGGUCACGAUGGUCAUAUCAUACCCAAUGCUCGGCACAAUGGCAACAUUGCUGACAGCAAGGAGGAGAGGCAGGCGCUGCAGUACAUCUAUACAAACUUCUGCUCCGUUCUCACCUGCUUCCAGCAGCGCAGCGACCAACUGCCCCUCUUUCCCUACCCGACAGAUCGGCCCACCCUGCGCCGGUGGGCUGCCAACUGCAAGCAUCGGUCCAUGCAGGCCAGUAGCGAUGGAUUUCAGGUGUGCCGGUCUCAUUUCGCAGACGACUGCUUCGACCCUGAGUCUGGACAACUGAAGGAGGAUGCUGUGCCCACUCUUGAACUGAGUCGACCCGUCUACGAGAUGCGCUGCUUAGUCAAUGGCUGCGUUAACGAGGCGGGUGCAAGGCGUCCUCGCUUAUUUAAAAUGCCUAAACGGACAUCACAGAUGGAGGAUUGGUGUCACAACUUGCGCAUCGAUGCGGCGUCUUUAGUGGGCCAGGAGCCGCAUGUCUGUGAGCGACACUUCGAAGCGCACUGCUUCAAUGCGGACAAGCUGUUACGCCAAGCUGCGCGACCCACACUUCAUUUGGGCCACGAUGACCUGCUAGACGUGUUGCCCAAUCCGGCCAGCUGGGAAGAGGAAGCCCACGUAUGCGUUGUGCCCAGCUGUGGACGCUCGAAGGAUGCGGACAACGUGCAGUUGUUCGGGCUUCCAAAGGCUAAGUUUCUUCUAGAGAAAUGGCUGCAGAAUUUCCGCCUCGAUCCCACCAAAGUGCAAGUGAAGGGGCGUCGCAUAUGUAGCGUGCACUUCGAGCCCAGCUGCAUAGACGGUGACCGUCUUCAUAUAGGCGCCGUGCCUACACUUCACCUGGGCCACGAUGAGACGGGUAACAUACACGAAAGCAUCAAAGAGCUCCCAAUCACUGCUCGGAACGGACGUGUGCGUAUCCACUGCGACUGUUGCUAUCCCCAUUGCAUGGAACUGCAAAAAGGCUUUCAAAAAGUCAACUACGACUUGCCACAAGGACUGCCGCUGCGUGAAAUGUGGCUGUCGUAUAUGGGAUUGGAGGAAUUCGAUCAGCAGCAGCCGCUCAAGCUCUGCCCGCUGCACUUUGUCAUGCUGUACGAGGAGUUCCCUGAGCAGUGUGCGGAGGAGGAGCUUCUAACAUUCAACUACGAGGCUGCUCGCAACAGUGUGCGCAUUCGCAUCGCCAGCUGCGCUGUGCGUGGCUGCAGGACUCUAAAGCCAAGAGAUGAGCACUCCCUGCACUUGCCGCCUACGCGCCGUGAUGUGCUCCUGCUGUGGCUGGACAACAUGCAGAUAGCUUACAAUGAUAAUGCGCAUUACAAGUUUCGGGUGUGCGGCAAGCACUUCGAGUCCAAUUGCCUAGUGGAGAAGGCGCGACGGCUAAAGCCGUGGAGCGUGCCUACGUUGGAGCUGCCAGAGCCACCAGUGCAUCAGAAUCCCACGGAGGAGCAGUGGCAACGCAUGAAUGAGCAAUUAUCGGCACUGCAGGCGUUGGAAGUUAGUGUUGAGCUGAAUGAUGCGCAGAAGCAGAGGGAAAUGCGGAAUAUCAAAUACGCGAUGCAGAAGCACGACAACGAUCAGGGGCAGAAGGACGAGGAGCAGGAGGCGUCACAAAUCAAACUAGAAUCACAACUCAAGCAGGAGCCGCUCCCUGUGUACGAAGAGGAUUAUUAUGGACAGCAGCCGCAAGAAAUGCAGGAGCUGGAGGUGCUACUCGAGGUGGGGCACGUAGAGAAGUGCACCACCUAUGAGCAGAUGGACACACAGCCCUCCAUAAGCUAUGCCGAAGAGCCGUCGCAUAAUCCUUCAGGUCCGUCAAACCCACUGAGUAGCGGAUCAGUAAACGGCAGUAACUCUCGCUACAGCGCGAGGCAUUGCAGCGUGCGAGGCUGCGGUGUGACGGUGCUUGAUGUCGACGGCAAUCUGAAGCUGCACAAGUUUCCCACAUCGAUAGAUGCUAUGGAGAAGUGGAUGCACAAUACCCAGGUGGAUGUAGACAUCAACUUCGCGUGGCGCUUCCGCAUUUGCAGCCAUCAUUUUGUCGCUGAGUGCUUCAAUGGAUCGCGCAUUAGACGUGGAGCCAUGCCCACGUUGCGUUUGGGCUCCCGACGUCCUGCGCGUAUCUAUGAUAACGAAUUCAAUGUUCAGCAGGAACAAGCGACAGUGAAUCCAGUGGAAGAGCAGUCUCUACUGCCUGCUGGGGACUCCAAGGUUGACAUUAAAGUGCGCCUGCCCUGUCCCGCUCCGCCCCGCAAAUCAAGCAAGUUCUGUCAGAUCGACGGCUGCUCAAAUCAUCUGACCAGUGAAAAUUUGACUCUUCACAAGUUCCCACACUCGGCGGACAUGUGCGCCAAGUGGCAGCAUAACACGCAGGUGCCCUUCGAUCCAGAGUAUCGUUGGCGCUAUCGCAUCUGCAGCGCGCACUUUGAGCCCAUCUGCCUGGGCAACAUGCGACUCAUGCAUGGCAGUGUGCCCACCCUGAAGCUGGGUCCCCGCGCGCCCAAGCAACUUUUUGACAAUGACUUUUCGGUUCCUGGCGUGUGCUCGGAUAAGGAUAUGCUUAGCAAACAAAAUUUCACUGUAAAGCAUGAGCAAGUGCAGCCAUUCGAGGAGGAUGAUUCGCUGCUGGCACAGGAGCAGGAGGCGGGACAGGAGCAGGAACAGGACUUAAGUAUGCUAGAGCCACAACUCCAGUUGCAUGAAGGUCAGGAAGAGGAGGAACAUGAGGGCAAUUAUUUGAACUGCAAUAACAAUUGGAAUGAGCGCAGUAUUAAGCAGGAGAAGUGCAGCGACAACAGCUACUAUAAUCCGGUCAAGUCGGGCUAUGACAAGUGCUCCCUAAUCCACUGUCAGCGCCAGCGCUCACAGCAUGGCGUGCACAUCUAUAAAUUUCCACGUUCCCGCCAGCUACAGCAACACUGGAUGCACAAUUUGCGUAUUCGAUACGACGAACGGCGUCCAUGGAAGACCAUGAUAUGCAGCGCUCACUUUGAGCCGCGAUGCAUACGACUAAGGAAGCUCCGUCCCUGGGCAGUGCCAACUUUGGAGCUGGGCGAAAAUGUGCCUGAGCAACUGUACACGAAUGAGCAAAGCCAGCAGCAGAUGGAGUUAGGCAGCGAAGGUGAGGCUGACGGUUAUGAUUAUGAUAUGGACGAUACUAUGUUGGAGGACUACAACGAUGAUUACGAAGACAAUGGGUCGGAGCAACUGCCUGCGGAACCACAGAUGAAACGAGAACGUACUUCCCACUGCGAUCCCUGCCCUCCUGGCCAGUUGCAGCCAUGGAAAAUCAAGCAAUGCUGUUUACCCCACUGUCGCAGGCCACGAGGCGAUGGCAUCAAACUCUUCCGACUGCCCAACAACAUUGGCGCCAUACGUAAAUGGGAGCAGGCGACAGGCAUGCGCUUUUUUCCGUCGCAGCGCAACACUAAGCUCAUCUGUAGCCGUCAUUUCGACCCGCAACUGAUUGGCGUUCGUCGCCUAUUCACCAAUGCCGUGCCGACAAGGAAUCUUGGUCCAAAUAUUAAAGAGCCGGAGCUGCCUCAGUUACCGGAAAGUACUCCACGCUGCUGCAUCACUGACUGCGAACACAAUGGACUAGUCAAGCUGCAUAAGUUUCCAAGUGAUCCUUUGCUGCUUCAUCAAUGGUGUCAAGCCCUGGAUUUGCCGGAGGUACAACGCUACUCUGGUAAACACAUUUGUGCAGUCCAUCUACCUGCUAAGGCUUUCAGUUGCCUCAUCUGUGGCGUCGAGGAUGUGCAGCUGCCCAUGCACGACUUCCCCGACAACCGCAAUCAGAGAGUCAAAUGGUGCUAUAAUCUUAAAAUCGAACCCAUUGCCAAGUGGGACAACACGAAACACAUCUGCUCUAAACACUUUGAGAGUUAUUGCUUUAUAGAGCCGGGUCGUCUGCUCUCGGACGCAAUGCCUACAUUGCACUUGAGGCACAAUGAUAAAAACAUAUUUCUCAACGAGUAUGCUUUAAACAACCCCAAAAUGCUCUGUAUCAAGGAUGAGCCCCUGGAGAGUGACGAUCUGAUGCUAUAACAGUAGCAGUCUAGGCCGGAAAUAUAAUUUUAUUAACCUUGUCAA